UAAACUCGCGGCCGCUUAUCUGCAACAGUAAUUUUUGUCGACAAGUUUAGGGAAAUCCCCUUCACAAAGCCUACAUAUAAAGAGCAAGCGAUUGAACGGACAGCAGAUCAGUAAAGCAGAGGGUAAAACGUAUGUACAGAGCCGACAAUGGGGAAUUAUGUGUCAUGCUGGUCCGGAUUUGGGUAUCGGAGACUUCACCAGCCACACACCCAGAUGAUCCGUUCAUAUAAUCCAUUGGUCACAUUGACAGGCCCUGUAAAUGAGGAAAGACUGAGAAUCCCUGUUUCUCAGAAAGGUGUCAGCCUGGUGGCAAAUCAUAUUGGGAUCGGGUUUGAAUCUAUUGGAAUCGAACUUGGACUCAAUCUUGUGGUGAUCGAACAAGGCAAAGUUUCACACCCAACUUCACUUUAUAUGCAGACCUUACACAUGCUCACCAAGUGGAAGGAGAGGAAUGGCAGAUCUGCCACUGGCCUUGUGCUCGUCAGAGCGUUGUGGAGAUACAGAGGUAGAUGUACGCUCGAAAUGGAUGCCAUACUAAACAUUCUCCAAUCACCAUCGACUUAG